AGACUGUAUUCGCAAUUGAAUGUUGACUUGACAUCGGAUGACGAAGCACGCGAAAAAUGCAGUUCUCCUCGACGUCAAAGAUUUUAUUGAUUUUCAUCUUAUUGAAGAUCUUGAUGGUGGAAACUCUAUCAAAAAAUGUGGAAAAACUGGAUCGAAUGAAAAGUUCCCGGGCAGAGAAAACAAAAAACGCAAGGCGUUACAUAGUUAAAUGCUGUGGAAAAUAUUCGUGCAGUGAGGGGAGGAAGCGAAAUUCAACGCAAAUAAACUCGCAAAAUAAUCUGGACAAGUCAAAAUUAGGAUCUGGUUCCGAAAUGUACAAUAGAAAUUCAAACUCCAAAAUUGACCAGGUGGGGAAAAGUGGCCAAAAUAAUGGAAAUACCGCUGUUGGGGGUGGACAAAUUAUUUCAAAUGAGGGUCAAGGGAAUUCUCUUACCACAAGCAGCAAUGACGCAAUAGCUGCCGACCAAACAAAUGUCCAGGGAAUGUCGCAAAAUGCAAACUCCGACGGAAGUAUUGACCCAAUUGCAGGUGCCACAAUGGGGCUGAAUUCUGGAGAUGCUGGUUCAUCCGGAACUAGCAAUCCAAGUGACCCGUUGGCUCCUUUGCCAAUUGGCGGUGCUGGCGGCUCGUUCGAAACAAGCACCUCUGACCCCAAUAUCGUUGGCUCUGAUUUGAAUGGAUUAAAUAAUCCAAGUCUUCCAUCUUUUGGAAACGGCUCAAAAAAUCUCGCCACGACUAAUGGGCCGGGUUUAAGUUCUCAGCAGAAAAUUUCCCAGCAAACAACAUCCCAGCAGAAAGUUGUUCAGCAAACAUCACUUCCUUCAGCCCUGCAAACUAAUUUGAGCACCAGAGCCCCUUCAUCAGUUAUUCCGAAUUCAAAUAAUAGUUCAGGUUCCUCCACCUCCGUCGUUCCUUUAGCGAGUGGAAUCAAUGGAAGUACUGGAAUAACCGGAGUGACCGUUUCGAAAGGAGGGACAGUAACAACUGUUAAGACAACCCAAGCGCAAGGGAUGACCAAUACGACCGUGAAGGUGUUGCCGGUCAUUGGAAUGAACCUGACCAAUACGACAGCGACCCAAAAUUUGAUCAAGUGCGCUAAUUUCAUCCAAGCCAACACUGAUUACGAAAGUUACUUGAACGCUGUCGAAGUAGCAAGGGCAAAAAAUGAAACUUCGACAACCACAACUAAGGCGCCUGGCACUUUAAUACCUGCUUGCGGAAGGGUGUAUUUUUUUGGAAAAAAUCCAUACAAUGUUCUUCAGGCGUCAAAAGCCUGCAUGAGUCGAGGUAUGGCUUUGCUAGCUUUGGAGACUCUGGAUGAAAAGAGUUGUCUGCUCUCGAUUGCGUCAAAAGUAAUUACGAUGGCUACUAAAUAUUGGACGACAAUUUCAAAUGAGGGGGUUGACCUAAGCACCUACUAUCAGUGCUCUUCAAACUUUUCGCAAUCUUUCCCCGAUGAGUUCAGAAAUAUUGAGCAUUGGGCUUCAACGUCUGUUAAAGAUCCCAAUCAACAAAGAUGCCUCGGUUUUACAUUUAACACCACUGUAAACGGCACACGUGGCUUUUUUCACGAGGACUGCAAAUUAGGAACCAUGCCGUAUAUUUGCGAACCAUUAGGUCAACAAUCAACUUGCCCUACGCAGUGCAAAGCAAACCCUGCUGUGUUUGAACCCGACGGAAAAUUAAAAAAUGCCGCCAGCUAUGGUUACUGGAAUGAAUCUUGUGGGAAAAAAUACUUGUUUGGCAACAAAUUGCUCAAUUGGGAUGAAAACUGGGACAUGUGCUGUAGCUUAGGCAUGCAGCCAGUCGCAAUCGAGUCGGAAGAAGAGCAGAAAUGCUUGAGCAAUUUGACCGCGACCGACUGGAAGUACAACUUCAACUACUGGACCGGUGGCACUCAAAGGGGGUGCUUUGGACAGUGGCGGUGGUGCGGAUCAGGCUCGUCCGUGAUCAAAAGCGGAAUUCGCUGGGCACCAGGCCAGCCUGACAAUUUGAAAGGAAAUCAGUCGUGUUUGCACAUGCAGAUUUCCAAAGAUGUUACCCUUGGAUUGGGAGUGACUGAUAGAAAUUGCACUGACAAUUACGUUUUUGCUUGCCAGGGAUCUCCUAAAAUGGACCUUCCGUGCGAUGAGCCCGAGUGUCCUAACGGCAAAUGUACUCGGAAUGCAACGCUUUUCAGCGGCAAUAAUCUUAUAAAUUUUAAUAAUUAUGGCAUCUGGACAUCUGGCUGCAAUAGACACUUCUUGUUUUCAAAAGAUAAGGUUUCCUGGAAAAAUGCCCGCGAUAAUUGUUGUCAAAUUGGAAUGACAGUCGUUUCCGUUGAGUCGAUUUUCAAACAUCAGUGCCUAGUAGAAGGCUUAGCAGGCAAUUUUUUUUCCUUUACUAAAAAUUCAAUUUAUAUCUUAUGUAAAAGAAUACAACAAAACGUUCGGCUUCAAAUACUGGACUUCUGGCACCGACACCCUGUGUCCUGGAAAGUACCAUUGGUGCUCGAACGACUUUCCGUUCAGACAAGAGCAGGUGAACUGGGAAAGCGGAAGUCCGAAGGCCGCCGGAGGUUGCGUUUAUAUGAUUCCGUCAGAGAGCGUCAACACGACUGUUUACGGCACCACCGAUUGCGGUGAUUUGAUGCAAUACGUUUGCGAAGUCCGGGAGCAAGGCACAGCACCGACGUCGCUUGUUGAGGAGUGUGAAGCCAUGCAUAACCCGUCCUUUGGUGAUGAAAAAGAAAUUCCUAGUUUUCCAG